AUGGAUGAUGAUGAAGAAGAUGACUGUAUCCACUUGGAAAAGCACGGUAUCACGGUCAGAAUUUCGAAAUAUGAAAUUUACGACGCAAAUGAUAUAAAUGUGGAAGUGAUUGAAGACGUUCCACCCGAGCUAGAGCUGAAAGAAAAGGAGGCCAUCAUCUCGGUCGGAUUAAAGAUGACGCCUUCUGAAGCAAUCUUUGACAGUCCCGUGAAAGUAACGAUGCCCCAUUGUGGUAUAUUCACACAGCCAGAGGCCGCGGAGAUCUGCACUUAUUAUCGAAAAAGUGCUUCUUCGAGUUUUUGUGCAAUUCCAUCGACGAGCACAAGUACCCCAUGGUGUGUCGUGAGAGACCGUGACCUAGAUAUAUACUUAAACCACUUCUCUGAAUAUUGGAUUGUGGCUGCCAUUAAAUGGGCAUUUCUUGGAAAACGUGUUAUUUGUACGCCAAACAUACCUGUGUCACCGAAGAAGGAUGAUGUACACGUGGUAUUUGUUCAAGUACGAGAUGAAAACGUUAAGGGAGAGACCCUUUAUGGAUACGAGGCACCAAUGUUGGGAGAACAAUUCUUACUGAGGUGGUAUUCAAGUGCGUUAAAUAUCACUUGUCCAGAAAGCACAAAAAAAAAUAUUCCAAAGACUCUAGAGGAAAGUGAGUUGUGCUACCUGUCAAAUCAGAGGGUUAUGUUCAAAGUGGAUACACGUGACAUACAAGGAAAUAAAGUGAUAUUACAGUUCAUCUUAAAGCAACACACGGAAAAGGAGAUAUUUGUUCCAAUGAAUCUAAUUGCUCCACUGACCAACCAGCAUAAACAUGAUCCACAUGCUUCAAUAGCAGCCGAAGACGAUGUUCCCUCAACUGCUAGGAAAGUGACCGACAAAACACUUAUUGAGUUGGCAGAGCACAUUCCACCCUCUCAUUACUACAAUCUAAGUAUAAAUCUUGGAAUCGAGUACAACAUCGCGAGGAACAUUUUAAGCAGGCAUAGAGAUGACAAUGUGGAAGCCAUGAGAGAAUGCUUUUCAAUGUGGAAGAAUAAAUUGGCUCCAAGUGUGGACGAUUUAAACAAACUUCUUACAGAUGUUGAAUUAGGGAUGUUAUUCGUUCGUUAG